AUGUCUGUACUUCCCAUGUCAACCCCAAGUUACCAGUUUCGAGGAGUAUCACAAUGCCUCUAUACCUUUGAGCGAGAACUCGAACGCUAUGAGCGAGAAGGCGGCAGUGGGAAUCCAUACAUCAUCUUUGCAAUGGGGGAUCGCGGUUUCCGCGACUUGAAAAACUCACAGGAAAGUCUCCUCAUCAAAUCCAUUGUAGAGUAUGAUGAUGCAUCCCACACUGCAUUAUUUAGAAUGGAGACCACCAUUCAUGCCGUCGCUGCUUCCGCCUUUGCCGAUACAUUCCUACUGUGGAAAUCCCAGUUCCCAGAACUGAGGCUAUUACAUACAACAACGAGUUCAGUGCGCGGGCCGUCUGGAAAGAACAAGAGCCCUGACGGUGCGUGGAAGCCCGCCAUACUACCAUACAACCGAGAAGCCAAGUGGCCCUCCAUGGUUCUUGAAGCAAAAUCGAGUGAAAGGCGGCCAAAACUCGAGGAAGACAUGCGGUUCUGGCUUGAAGGAUCCCGAGGGCAAUGCACCCUCGCGGAACAAUCAUUAUCGAGAAAUGGGCCCUCGACGACAAAAAAUAUCCUUUUCACCGAACAGAAGAUGACGGUAGUCCGAACAUCCGCACCAAACUGUGAUCGCAUAACCGGUCAACUGCCGAUCCGGUUUGAGGACGUCUUCCUGAAGCCGAAAAAGCCCGGUGAGACGGAUUUCCAGUUAUCACAAACGCAGUUGGAGGAUAUCGCCAAUGAGAUUUGGACUGUUCAGUUCACAAGGGCUAGACAACAGAGCUAG